AUGGCGCCGUGGGUUGCGCUCGCGCUCGUGGGGCUCCUGCUGGGAGCCACUGAUAUCCGCGCGGCUCGCGGAGAGUCGUUUAACUACGACCUUUCGGGCACGGACUGGCCGGGUCUGUGCCAGACGGGCAAGAAGCAGAGCCCCAUCAAUAUAGUCACAUCCGCAGUGAAGCGCCCUGAUGGGCCGUCGCUGCUUAAAGUGAAGCACCCUCUGAGCCGCGAGAUCACCGUCACCAACGAGGAGCACGCUGCUGCUGUGUCGCCACAGGCAGGCAAGCGCUACUAUUUGACUCUCCCCUCGGGACUGCACAAGCUUGACCACUCCGACCUGCAGGUGCCCAGCAUCCACCUGGUGGACGGCGUGCAGGCGCCCAUGGAGGCCAAGUUCGCGUAUGUGAAUGUGGGCAACACCACUCGCAAGUCCGUCUUCACUGUCUUCCUCAAGCUGCACCCCAAAAACAAGGACAACGCCUGGCUCAACCUCUGGUUGAACGAUAUUCCAGCAGCAGUGAACGGUACGACCAAGAUAGCAGCAAAGACCAACUUCCUGGAGCUGCUGUCGUUCAAUGCGCCCUUCUGGUACUACGAGGGCUCACAGGUGCACCCGCCCUGCACUGAGACAGUCGACUGGUUCAUCUCCAUGCGCCCCAAGUUUAUCUCCACUCGCCAGGCGCCGCCUUAA